AUGGAGGAUUCUAGGGGAAUUAGUAUGACUAAGGAAGGCUAUAUUCAUAAUAUGAACACAAGGGAAUUUAAGGCUAAAAGCGCCUUGAGUCCUGGUCGCCCGCCCAGUCCGCAUCCGAGGACCCAUGAAGUUCCUGUGACACAGCAGCGCCAUAGUGAAGCUGCAAAUGCAAGGUCCAGGGUUCUCGAGGAACUGGGAGACCAUCCCAACAGCAUAGGCGAGAUCUGGUCGCGUUCCCAGCAUCAAAUAAACAAGACUUCCCACAGCUUGACGAUAUGGCACCGUGGCCAUGUACUCUCGUUCUUCCUCCGUGACAGGGGCCAUGUCACGGCUGAGUUUGUGAUUGACCUCAAGAGGUGCAGCAUAUUGAAGCGUUCCAAGAUCUCCCUUGAUAAUGAGCUUGUGUCAAACUCAAGGUGGCGGGUUUUUGCACCGAGAAUGCAGUCGUCAACGUACACAGCAACCAGGAGAAAAUCGUCACCACACUUGUACAGCUACACGUUUCCUUCCACUGCAAGAGGAACACACCCCAGGCUCUUGAAGAACGCAUCAAUGCGUUCAAACCAAACCCGUGGGGAUUGUUUAAGCCCAUACAGGGCGCGAUUCAGCUUGCAAACAAGAUGUUCCUCACCAGGAAAGCAGUGCGAACGUCCCACUGGUGCAGUUCCAGGUCGUACUUGGCAGCCAGUGCAAGGAUCACUCGCACAGAGGUCAACUUCACAACUGGUGAGUACGUCUCCAUGUAUUCCAAACCUGGAAUCUGGCUGAAGCCCCGUGCGACAAACCUGGCCU